CUCAGCUGUGUUUUGCAACCAUUAAUGAGCAGGAAAGCGGGUCGGAGCGCUGCGACUCCUUUGAGGAAUCGGAUAGCCUUCAGGAACCAGCGCGCGUGCGCUUGCGUCAUCCAGUAGACAGCGAAUUGAUCUGAAUCCUCGCGAUUCACAGCAGCGUCAAUCAAGAGCUUUAUGAUUGACAUGCAACAGCUAACGUUAGUGUUCCCACUUUGUCGUGUUUUAUUGGAAGCGCACGCAUAUAAUAGGGACAUAUUAAACUUAUAAUAAGUUAUAAAUAAGUUAAUCGUCUAGGUAGUUUGCCAGUGCAAAGUUUUAUCUAUUAUUUAGACAUUUUAGACUGGUUCUUAGGGAGAAGAGCGUCAUUAUUAGUGCAGGAUCUAAGCUGAGGGUGGGAUCAGCUGAUGAUAAGAUACACGUGUUACAGUGCAAGGGUCCGACUUGACUCUAGUCUACCUCAAGAGGUGGACUAUCACCCCCACCAUUGUGACAUGAGAGGUGCACAGGACUGAAGAGGAGCAAGCCACCCUCUCGGAUUGCUUUAUUUUGGUGUUAGUUUUAGUUUUUCUCUAAAGUCAUAAUUUCAGUUGUUUUCUCCACUUCAAAGAUGUCCUGCCUGUUGCUUGGAGUUAUAAGGAGGCGAAGUGCCAUCAGUACAGCUUCAGUUGGCGUGCGGUCACUCGCCUCCAUCUCCUCUCUGCCCCCAUCAGUGGCUGAGUUUGUGUCGGGUGCUGUGACCGAAUGUAAACCUGCUAAAGUGCACGUGGUCACUGGCACUCCAGAGGAGGCAGCAGACAUCCUGGCCAACCUAGAGAAAGAUGGCAUGGUGAAGAAACUCACCAAAUAUGAAAACUGCUGGAUAGCACGUACUGACCCUAAAGAUGUGGCUCGCGUGGAGAGUAAAACUGUGAUUGUCACUAAGGAGCAAAGAGACACUAUUCCCAUUCCCACCGGAAGUGCCAAGUCCCAGCUAGGCAGCUGGAUGAGUGAGGAGGUCUUUCAGAAAGCCAGAGAGGAACGCUUUCCUGGCUGCAUGGCAGGACGCACUAUGUAUGUGAUCCCCUUCAGUAUGGGCCCUGUGAACUCUUCUCUCGCUAAGUUUGGCGUUCAGGUGACAGAUUCUCCAUAUGUGGUGGCCAGCAUGGGCAUCAUGACACGCAUGGGGACACCUGUGCUGGAGAAACUAGCCGAGGGGGCGGAGUUUGUGCGCUGCCAGCACUCUGUGGGCCGACCUAUACCACUCAAAGCUCCUUUAGUAAACAGCUGGCCUUGUAACCCGGACAAGGUGUUGAUCUCACAUCUUCCUGACACCAGACAGAUCCUGUCCUUCGGCAGCGGUUACGGUGGAAACUCGCUCCUUGGAAAGAAGUGCUUUGCUCUUCGUAUCGCCUCACGCAUUGCCAAAGACGAAGGCUGGCUGGCUGAGCACAUGCUGAUUCUCGGAAUCACAAAUCCUCAGGGUGUAAAACGUUACAUUGCAGCAGCAUUCCCAAGCGCUUGUGGGAAAACUAACCUUGCCAUGAUGAAACCAUCACUGCCAGGCUGGAAGGUUGAGUGUGUGGGCGAUGACAUCGCCUGGAUGAAAUUUGACAGUCAGGGUAAACUCAGAGCUAUUAAUCCAGAGAAUGGUUUCUUUGGAGUUGCCCCCGGGACGUCCAUGAAGACAAACCCUCACGCCAUGGCAACCAUCUCCAGGAACACGGUGUUCACUAACGUGGGAGAGACCAGCGAUGGGGGUGUUUGGUGGGAGGGUCUGGAACCACCUGCUCCUGGAAUCCAACUCACAGACUGGCAUAGGAAAUCCUGGAAGUAUGGUGAUUCUACACUGUGUGCUCACCCGAACUCCAGGUUUUGUGCCCCGGCUGGCCAGUGCCCCAUCAUAGACCCACUUUGGGAAAGUGAUGAGGGCGUCCCCAUUGAUGCCAUUGUAUUUGGUGGCAGAAGACCAGAAGGUGUGCCUUUGGUGUACGAGUCAUUUAGUUGGCGUCAUGGUGUGUUUGUGGGUGCAGCCAUGAGAUCAGAAUCCACAGCUGCUGCUGAACAUAAAGGUAAAGUAAUCAUGCAUGACCCCUUUGCCAUGCGUCCUUUCUUCGGCUACAACUUCGGCGACUACCUGGCCCACUGGUUGAGUAUGGAGACACGCAAGGAUCCCACCCAACUCCCAAAGAUCUUCCAUGUCAACUGGUUCCGGAAAGAUCAGAAGACCGGCUCUUUCCUGUGGCCAGGGUUUGGAGAGAACGCCCGCGUCCUCGAGUGGAUCUUCAAACGAUGUGGCCGUACCAGUGAAGCGGAAGCUGCCACCAAAAGCAUUGUGGGAUGGAUUCCACAAAACGGUGCCAUAAACACAGAAGGCCUGGGUGGGAACAUCGAUAUGGGUGCCCUCUUUGACCUGCCCAAACCCUUCUGGCAGAAGGAAACACAGGAGCUUCGGACCUACUUCACCCAGCAGGUUGGAGCUGAUCUUCCUGCACAAGUGGAAGGAGAGCUGAGGGCGCUUGAGGAGAGAGUCAGGAACUGAACUGAUGCUACAUUACACUGAUGUCGGGUAGAUGUGAAGAAUGGGAUGGGUUGAGGUAGAAGUGACUGUUUUAAUGUGACUGUUGCAGUGCAGUGGAUGCUGUACCUGAGAAACGCAAAACCCAAAAAGUUCACCAUCAGUGGAAUCAGUACCUAAGUGCCUUAUUUUAUUUUACAGUAGACGCUAAAAACUCUAUUUAAUGUUUACAAGAUAUGUCCCAAAAUGCCUUUUAGAUUAUUUUUCUGUUCAAACAAGGCCAUAUUAUGAAUUCGAUAUAUAUAAGUUGAUUUUGAGCAAAGAUAUCAGGUAUGUUUUUAAGGACAGCACCAGUGCCAUAAUUUUUUACUUGUACUGGGUAUGUAACGAAAGAUUAAUUUUUUUUCCAAAGAUUUAGCCUUUUAUCGGUGGAAUAUGAUUGACAUGAUUCAGGUUGAACAGGAAGGUUGAAGGAUCCGGACCAAAGAACACAGACAAGUCUCAGUCAUUGAAUGUGUGCAUGUUUUUACAUGAGCUGACUGAAUAAAUACUACUCUAAAUCAAA